ACAGAAGGUAUUCGCGUUCGGAGACCUGAUUUUCGUGUCUAGUUAGCCAUCAUGGUCCACCACUUCAGCUAUUAAUACAAUAAAAAUUGCAACACCAAUUGGGUUGAAAACAAGAUGAAUAUGCUUGUAUCUGGAUAUACAAGCGAUUCUGACAGCAGUGACGCAUCAGAUCAAACUACAUCUGCCUCAAUCAGAGUGGAAUCGACACCAACCGUGGUUGAAACUUUCACAGAAUCAGAGAGUUCUGUUGUUAAAGGAUUGCAAAAUGGCCAACUUGUAAAGAAUGUUAGUAUCCAGGAACUAGCGAGGCCGGAGUUAGGUCCGUACAAUCCAUACAAAACCAAAGAGCAAGAUAGCAAGAAAAAUACCAUAACGGGAUACCUGGAAAAAGAGUACGUCUCAAAUCUUACAUUUGACCAGAACUUUCACACUUAUCAAAAGUUCGGCGAAGUGGUCAAACGGAAACUGAACGAAGACGGUACUGAUGCAAUUGUCGACAUUGCGAGCGUACAUGCCAAUAAAAGAAGUGCACAAGAAUUUAAAAAACUGAGAGAAACAUCCGGAGAUCCCUCUAUCCUUCACGGCGAGAAUGCGUACAAAGGCCCUUGGGCUAAGUAUUCAAAGCCUGAGUCAGUAUCAGAUCCUGAUGAAGUCUUAGAGGUCGAAAGUGUUCAAGGUAAUGGAGAAGUUGAAGUUCCCAGUAAAGUUGAGGAAUCAGUCACUGAUUUGUCAUCCGAACAAGAAGCAUCUGCAGCUAUCGCUCCUAUAGCACCGACAAAACAAAAAGAAACGACUGUAUUUCACGGUGAAAGUGAGUUUGACUACCAGGGUAGAACGUACUUGCAUGUACCUACGGACACAGGUAUCAAUUUAUUAAGAGAGCCUGGAGAACAGACGUGUUAUAUUCCUAAAAAGCAAAUUCACACAUGGACGGGUCACAAAAAGGGCAUUUCAGCAUUGCGAUUUUUUCCGAAUACCGGACAUCUACUUUUAUCCGGUUCUUUAGACACAGAUGUCAAGAUAUGGUCUACAUAUCACGACCGUUCAUUACUCAGAACUUUCAGCGGACAUUCCAAGUCUAUAAGAGACUUGUGUUUCGGUCCAGAUGGAAAAAUGUUUCUUAGUUGUGCGUAUGAUAAAACACUAAAGCUGUGGGAUACUGAGACGGGAAAAUGUAUGCAAAGAUAUGCAAGCGGAAGGCUUACACAUUGUGUACGCUUUCAGACUAACCCAAACAAACCGACUGAAUUCUUAGCAGGCAUGGCGGAUAAACGAAUUUUACAAUUUGACACAAGAACCAAUGAUGUUGUUCAAACGUACGAGCAACACCUUGGUCCUGUUAAUUCGUUAAUUUUCAUUGAGGGCGGCGAGCGAUUUGUGUCGACCUCCGAAGAUUCUUCUAUGAGAUACUGGGAAUAUGGUACUCCAAUACCCAUUAAAUACAUCGCAGAUCCUACAAUGCACUCUAUGCCUAGAAUUGCUCUUCGCCCAAAUGGAAAGUCACUUCUAUGUCAGUCAUUAGACAAUUGCAUGUAUGUGUACUCUGCGGUAGAGAAGUAUAGACAAAACAGAAAGAAGGCAUUUAAAGGCUAUAGCUGCUCUGGUUAUGCCCUGGAGGUCGGGUUCUCACCUGAUGGGCGUUUCGUUUUUAGUGGGGAUUCUUCCGGAAAUGCUUGCUUUUGGGAUUGGAAGACUUGUAAAUUAUUAUCAAAGUUGCCAGCACAUAAAGGACCACUGCAAUCCAUGGCUUUUCAUCCUCAGGAGACUAGCAAGGUUGCUACCUCAUCUGUAGUUGAUAAUGUCAUUAAAUAUUGGGAUUAACUUUCUUUGGAGACUCUUAGCAACAGAUCAGAGAAUAAAAAACUUUUGAACACCCA